GUGACAUCUCUCUCUGUUUUUGGAAAUGCUUUCAUUCUUUGGUGCAGAGAAGGAUAAGGAAAGGAUACGUAAUGCCAGCCGCAAUCUAUAUGACUGCGUCUACAUAUUUGUCUCGUCUACGAACACCAUAUUCCGAAUGCUCAACCAGUUUCUUGGCACAGAAUUGUCUAUCAACACAGUGAGAGAAAACCUUAGCAUCAAAGAGAACCUCCAGCUUCUGGUGAGUGCUCUGAGGGAGAUGCAGGAGAUUGUGGAGUCUAAGGAUAAAGAGAUCCAGCAGAAAGUCAGCCUUCCGUUGUAUUCCAAGAUUGCCACACCUACCCCCUCAGUGGAUGAAAGAAUCAAGACUUUACGCGACAUUUAUGCCCAAUAUAAGGGAGUUUUUGAAAAUAUCUGUGGUCCCAUUUCUGCAGUCUUGAUGAAACAUGGCAAUCUGCCAGAAAAACUAGAGUCUGCCAUUCGGGACUUAUCAAACUCACCAGUACUGGCUCUACGAGUUGGGGACCUUCUCAUGACCCAUGAUGAGAUUGCUAAAGCACUUCCAUACACCCCCAGCCCUGGUUCAUCCCAGACAAAGUCAACAGAAGCAAGGCCUCGCAGUCAGUCAAUAAACAACACAAAUUUUUCACUCACCAAUUUCAUGAGGGCAGCUAUUCGGGGACAGACAUCUAAGAAGGACAGCCCCAAUCCUGUUGAAUUAGCUGCAGGUUACCUGGAAGAGGUUGUGAAGACACUGAAACCAGUUUGUGAAAGUUUUCAAAAGACUGUUAAGAUAGCCGAAGAGUAUGUCUCCUUGAUCAUCGACAAGCUGUAUUGAAGAAGAAGGUCAUCGUUCAACUGUUGGAAACCAACUUCUGUUUAAACAGCAGUGAACAUGUGGAAAUAAAUGAAAG